AUGACGCAGGGGAUAGAUGUGGAAGUGAAGAUCGAGGCGCAAACUAUACCCAAAAGAGAAAGCUUUAAGUAUCUUAGGUCCAUAAUACAAGGAGAAGGGGGAUUGAUGAUGAUGUUGACAUCGUAUUCGAGCAGGGUGCAGAUGAAAUGGAGGCUCGCCUCCGGGGUACUUUGCGACAAAAAGGUGUUGCCUAGGUUGAAAGGUAAAUUCUACAGAGUGGUGGUUAAACCAGCAUUAUUGUAUGGGCCAGAAUGCUGGCCAGUCAAGAACGCUCACGUUCAGAAGAUGAAAGUAGCAGAGAUAAGGAUGCUCAGAUGGAUGUGUGGUCAUACUAGGAGAGAAAUGAUUAGAAAUGAAGUUAUACUGGACAAGGUCGGAGUGGCCUUCAUGGCGGACAAGAUGAGGGAAGCGAGACUGAGAUGGUUUAGGCAUGUGAAGAUGAGGUGUGAGGAAGCGCUAGACCGCUAG